GUCCCUCUCUCCUCUUUCAUUCCAUCUCACUCUGCAUCAAAAAUGUUUGCAUCCAAAAAUUAAGCAUCUCUGACUUUUGAUCCCUUCAACUAUCAAGAUCUUACAUCUCUCGACUCUCCACAUCUAUAUCUACUAUCUCAAAUAUUUAAACAAGAUGUGUUUCCGGCGUGCAAAUAAGCCAUCAGACACUCGCAAAUCCAAAGGCAGCUGGGUCAUUCCCGCGUAUCUACAGCCGUCUGAUCAUCUCAGCACAUCUUCUUCGCCUUCCGUUCCAACCCAGCCAUUCCGCUUCCUGGACCUGCCAGCUGAGAUCCGAAUCAAAAUCUACAACCUCGUCUUUGGGCUAGACGACGGUCGAGUCUAUCAUAUCAAAUCUUGCAAGAAGCCGCGUGGGAUAACAUGUACUCUGUAUAUUGAAGACGAGCGUAGCACGUCCAACCGACGACACUCUCAGAAUGAAGCUAUGCAGUCGUCUUCUGGACGAAAUAGCCCAAUUUCGAUCCUCACUCUUGACUCCUGCGAAUGGGAUCCAGCAAAGACUAUUCAUCCAGAUCUGCUUCUCCCUGGACAGAAAUUUGUUCGAGCGACGGGAGACAUACCCAUCCGGAAAACCCAGAAUCUCCAGCCCGCUCGGGCCCGAGGUACUUCCUGCACAAAAGCACUUCAGUAUCUUUCCCUCAAACCUUCCUCCAGCAGAAAUACCAAAGUGCCAGCCUCCGCCCCCGCUGCGUUGAAUAGUCUCCACUUCCAGUCCCGAGCACGCAACUUCCGCUCCUCUGUGGGCGCUGCGUUGCUCCUCACAAACCGCAAAAUCUACAGCGAAGCAGCACACUAUUUCUACUCCUCUGCUGAAUUCUACUUCCAUUCGCCCAAUUCUCUGGAUCGUUUUCUAUCGGGGCUCUCGUCCCUAGCGCAGAUCAAUAUCACAAGUCUCUGGCUAGCGCACAUUACGUCUGGCGAGCCCUGGCUGGCCAAGAAUCGGCAGUGGAAGCUACGCCAUGAUGCGCGCUGGGAAGGAAUCUGCUCAAAGGCCGCUGCACAACUGGUCAAUCUGCGGGACCUGCGUGUGGUGCUGAAGGUGUGCGAUUGGCCGUUGAAAAUGGGACUCAAAGAGCAUUGGGUCCAUCCGUUGCUCUUGUUCGCCCAGUGCGAGUGGCUGGAGCAUGUGAAUGUGAGAAUACACGUCCCUGUGCUAGGUAACCAAGAGCGAAAAGCGGAAAUGGUGAAGUCGAGAGGGCAGCUUGAGAUGGCGGUGGAGAGAUAUUUGCAGAGAUGUGGAAAGGGAAGGAGGAUGGUGGGAGAAGAUCUGAAGUUGGGCUUGCUUUAGCAGUUGCAGGCCUGGUAUGGUUUCGUAUUAUCAGACGGUGAUAUGAAAUGGCGGGUUGCUGGACGCCGCGAUGCAGCU